UUGAUAAUUGGGUACAAGAGCGCUUCGAAUAAUGCUUAGAAAUGCCAGACACUCCGCUCCCACCCGUAAUACGAACCUGACGAUCCCAACUGUCCUCCAAAUUGCGCCACCAUAAUUGCUGAUCUUGAUACGAAAGAGGCGCUUACAGGUCAGCCUCCACUCGAAUAUUCUGCACUGACGCCCAUGAUGGACGGAGUCCCAUUGGCUGGGCUGAAAUGCGUGUGGGGGGGAGGACAUGUUGGAUACUCCGCCACUGUAUUUUCAAGUUCAAGUCUCUACUACUAUAAAGAUUGACAACCAACAACUAAAAAGUACAGUCUUCAACAUCGGUCAUUUUUCUGUCAUUAUGAUGGCUUUCACAAAACACCAGAUCGGCUACCUGUUCUUUGCAGCCAUAACCAUUAGGCCUUCUCACUCUGAGGCGACUCCCGAUCAAUGGAAAGCUUUGAAUGCAUCAGUGGAUGGUAGACUACAUGUUGGCGUGCCCGUUGCAGAGCCAUGCUUUAACCAAUACAACACCACUAUUGGCAACGACAUUGUAGGCUCGCAGUCUCUGGACAAAGAAGCCUGCGCACAGGUCGCAGAAGGUUAUCACAAGGAUACGUACUUGUCAAGCCAAUUUGGUGGCUACAUCAACUCGAAUUGGGCAACCUGUCAAAAGACAGCUCAGGGAUGCUCCCUUGAUUGGCUGGACCCUUCGAAUACAUCCUUUCUUUCUACGCAAGUUUGCCAUCAAGGCAGCGUGCCAUCCUUUUACAUUGAUGUGAGGAACGUUUCAGACAUCCGCGCCGGUCUAGAAUUUGCCCGGACAACUGGUACCCCCUUAAGCAUUAAGAAUACGGGUCACGAUUUCCAAGGGCGAAGCUCAGCACCUGGUUCCCUCGCUAUAUGGACGCACAACAUCCGACCUGAACUUCAGCUGACUGAUAACUUUGUUCCUGAUGGCUGCGCACAACCUGUAGAAGGAAAGGCUAUCACAUUUGGCGCAGGUCAGCAGUUUGGCGAGCUAUAUGAAUUUGGUCAAAACAAUAAUCUUACCAUUAUUGGAGGAGUUUCACCCACUGUGGGGACAGCUGGUGGGUGGAUUUCGGGAGGAGGACACAGUCAAAUUUCCAAUACAUUUGGAAUGGGAGUUGACAAUGUCUUACAAAUUAGAACUGUACUCCCCAACGGGACAGUUGUCACCGCCAACGAAUGCCAGAAUCAGGAUAUGUGGUUUGCGCUACGAGGCGGCGGUGGAGGCACAUUCGGUGUUAACUAUGAGAUGACGUCCAGAGCACUGCCAGCUAUGACUCUCCGUGUUGCCUCCGUGAGCAUGAAUACUUCAAAUCCCGAGGCUAUCUCCAAAUUUCUCACUAUCCUCAUCGAAAAUGCCAGUCGAUGGGCAGCUGAGGGCUGGUCAGGUCACGUUUAUGGUGGUGCAAGCUACAGUGACGUCUCAGGUUUCAACCUGGCCAACCCUAGACUAAGUUUGGAGGAAGCAAAAUUGUCUAUGGAGCCUGUCUUUGAGGAACUCUCCGCCUCCCUGGGCAGCGAGGUGACUCUUACUGCUUCCGUGACGAACUAUGAAAGCUACUACAAAUUUUUCAAAGAGAUUUUGGUGGGGGCCGGCCCAACAGUGGGAAUAGCCGUUGCAUACGGCGGUCGACUUGUCCCCGCAUCACAGUUCGAGGGCGCAGAAAACCGUACAAUCUUGCGAGACGCGCUCUUGGCUGCUAAAGCUCUUGUUACCUAUCCCACGCGCAACACGACUGAUGCAAACGUGGUUCAUUAUGGGCAGCCGUUUCUGCUUCUGGCUGUAACUCCGUAUAACUACCCAGUUACGUCAGCCAAUGAUACCUCUUCGAUCCAUCCAAGUUGGCGGGACAGCAUUUGGAAUGUUGUAACCAACUUGCCAUUUUCCAACCAAGCUGAUGUUGAUGAGAUACAAAGAGCAUUCCAGGGGGCUCACGACGCGAACAAAGUGCUACUUUCAGCAAUGCCAGGCAGCGGGUCCUAUUCGAAUGAAGCAGAUUUAUAUGAGAUCGACCACACAACAGCUUUCUGGGGAGAGAAGAACUAUGACAGGCUGCUCUCAAUCAAGAAAAGCAUUGAUCCAGAUAACCUGUUAACAUGCUGGCAUUGUAUCGGGUACGAUCCAAACGACGCAAGAUACGGAUGCUACCCGUCGCUCGACUAAACAAUAUGGGAUAUAGCAGUCUGUGCUCCCAUGAUCUGUAGGAAAGAUUUGGCCUUCUAGUAGCAAUGAUUAAUAUAUAAAUAGCUUAGAGUAUUUCUAGGCAGGGUCUUCGUGUCAGACUCCACAAAUUGAUUUUCGAUGGAUCGUAGUGAUAAGAUUUCCGAUGAGAUUUGAUCCUUGUAUCUCCCCCCUGUCGUAAGACGGAAGACGCCACCCGUUCUAUCAAUUAUAACACUAGGCAUGAUGUAUAUCGCAACUACACCCUAACACGUUGAAUUAAUACAGAUUUUUAGUCGUCUGUAGUAGUCCUCCAUCACCAUAGUAUUUGAUCACAAAAUAAGGGGUGCCCCCCGAUCCCUGCUUAUUACACAAGCUUGUGUGAAGGCAUGUCGCAUUGAUUUCGAAGUAAUC